AUGCUCUUCAAGUCCACCUUCGCAGCCUUGCUCACCGCUUCCAUGGCCAUCGUCCGGGUCAACGCUGAGUCUCACACGGUGACUUUUGACAACAAGUGUGGUACUGGAACCCCGUACUUGAGAGCCCAGAACGGAGACGUUCUCUCUACCGGGACUGCUUACACGAUCGACGGCCCCCUCAUCGGCGCCAUCGCGUACACAGGCAACUGCGGCAACAAUGGGGAGGGAUGUACCCUCGUCGAGACGACUCUCGAGAACGGGCAGAGCAGCACUGAUAUCUCCCUGAUUCCUCCUCACGCGUUCUCGGUAACGACCGGAUUUGGAUACUACAACGGCUGCGACGUCAGCGGAUGCGACUGCACUUCCGCUGAUUGCACGGAGUGUGCUUUCUUUAAUCCUGAUGACACUUACGUGCAGGUUCCCUGCACAGUUGCCAACUGUGAUUUGGUCAUCACCUUCUGCGACUAA